UUGCUCUGACCCGAUCGAUCUUUGGAAAACGCUAAUCCCAGAAAAACCUCGACGUACGCCAGCAAACCAAACCUGCCGGCGCGGGUAGAUUAGCCAUGAGCGCCGCCACCACCUACCUUGCGUGGCAGCAGAUGGGACGAGCGCGUGAAGCCAGGGUGGUGGUUGGUGUCCCACACACCGAACCGUUGCAGAUGCGAAGGGAGGGUGAAACCUGGGUGGCCAUCGGUGUCCCGCUCCUCGAGCCCUGUCCCCGGUCCAAGCCUAGCCCCUGCCACAAGCCGUUGAUGAGGUGUUUCAUGAUCGUGGUGGGAAUCAUAUAUACGGUUAUGCUCUUCAUGGUGGAUGGGCCACUCUAUGCGAGGAUACUUGCUACGUGCGUGAUUUGGAUUGUGCCGAUUAGUAUGCUCAUGCUCACAUUUGAAUCCGACGAUCUUCUCAAUGAUACAACUUAGUCCUGAUCUAUCACUUGGCUGUGGCGAGGGAGGGAUGAUAACAACAACACGUCUUUAACUUGCUCUAGUGCUUGUAGUCGUCGCUAACCAAUCUAUGAACCUAGAUGUAAUUUCUGCAACUUCCGGUGUUCUCUGUACUACAUUAACAAUUGAAAGUUUUUAGAUGGAAUAGAUUGAAUAUAUAUAUUUUAGAAAAAAAACUUAGUCCUGACCUA